AUGAGCGGGUAUUCUGUUCUUUUAGUUGGAUUCCUCACUGCUUUGCUGUGUGUGGUUUUUUACUAUUUUGCUCCAAAAGGAAGCAAUACAAAUACAUGGCAAAUGACUUUAAUCUUAACUUUUUCUUGCUGCUACAUAUUAUGGGCCAUAACUUACUUGGCACAAUUACAUCCUCUCGAGUCGCCAACUCGCGUUCUAGAGUAG